ACCGAGAAAGCUUUCCUUAUGAAGGUAUAUUUAUUGAAAGUGGAACAAGCAACUUUGGGCGCGGGAUUCCCGGUUCUUUGUGUAGCGAGCAUUAUACUCGUAGCUGAGUUGUAUUGAAAGCUGUUAAGUCCGAGAAUUAUGCGGUUUAAUUACAUUUUUCUGUAGUCUUUCGCACGCAACUUAUUUCAGAGAAUUAUUUUGGAUGUGUAAUUUCAUAAUCGAAUAUGAUAACACCUUUUAAACAUUUUUCCUUAUUAUGUACCUAAGUAAAAAACUUCAUAGAUAAGAUACUUGUUUAUUGAGUCAUUAAGAUGAGUGACACGAACUUGAUCUAAGAAUUUUAAAAUUCAAAACUCUUAAAAUCCAUUAACCGAAGUACCGUUUAAACAUCUCAGGUACUUACUUGAAAGGGCUACUUAUAUGUACUUAAUUGCAACUUCUUUUCUCUCAUAUACAAAUCUGAAGGUAGACUAAAAUAAAUACAACUUUUAUUAAUCAUCGCGCAGUUUUUUCUAGCAUUCGAUAGUUACCUUAACGUCAAAUUGGUGUAUGUUAUUGUUUAUAGAUUUGAUGUAAUUUGACUAAUUGACGUGAUAAGUAAUCGUGUGAGCAAUUAAACCGGUUCGGGUUCCUGCUGGUCCACAGUCUUAUCUCGAGAGUCUACCGCGGAAGUUAUAUGAUAUAAAGUGAAUUCGACUGAGAGUCCGACAAUAUCGGUGACUCCACCGCAUAGUUUGGAGUACUUAUGCCCCAAGGGCGGUGGGAGUCCCAACGGAAGUGCCACCCCCAACGGGAUGGUGACCAGAACGAGUGCUACGACAGUGCUGCUCAGCCCAGGGUACCUGCAGAGUCCGUGCCAAUGUAACCAGUCUAUUAAGAGUGUAAGCGAAGUAGCGCUGACGAUGCCGACGUCUCCAGCGUGGAACGAGGAGGCUGCCGCCAACAACUCGCCAGACGGGCUGUCCUGGCGACGGCUGCAUAUGUCACGCGCCAAGCUCAAAGCUACAGCCACCACCUCCGAACUACUCUCAGGUUUCGCAAUGGUAGCGAUGGUAGAACUGCAAAUAAACGAACCGACGAACGUCCCAGAGUGGUUGUUCGUAAUGUUCGCAGUGUGCACCACUGUGCUGGUAGCUGUCCAUAUCUUCGCUCUGAUGAUCUCCACGUACCUUCUGCCGAAUAUAGACGCUGUCAGUAAAAUGGAGACGCCUGGAGGGCCGACGAGAGCGCUCCGAGAUUCUCCGCAUGAACGGAUGAGGGGGUUCAUCGAGCUCGCUUGGGCGUUUAGUACGGUGCUAGGUCUGUUCCUGUUCCUGGUGGAGAUCGCGAUCCUCUGCUGGGUCAAGUUCUGGGACUACUCCUUCGCAGCCGCCACGGCAGCCACAGUCAUCGUUAUACCAGUGCUAAUAGUGUUCGUGGCGUUCGCGAUCCACUUCUACCACUCGCUGGUGGUGCAGAAGUGCGAGACUUCUGUUCAGGACAUAGAGCAGCUAGAGAGCAUGAAGCGGGAUCUGGACACCGCCACUGUGAAGGUCAACAUGUUCUGAUAACAUCCCAACUGUGACACGAGGUACUAAAAGCGAUGACAUGAGGGGUUAUUUACUAUCAGUUCCAUACAAACGUGUUGAAUAAGUAUGGCAUGAAUUUUCCAGAAAUAAGUAAAAGAUAUGAUACUGAUAAGUGAAGAAUAGAUGAAAAUGCAUAGAGUUUUGUGUGAAAUAAUGGACUAUCUAAAACGAAGACUUAUUCACAGAGUGCUACAACUACAUUCGGGCGGGCACGUGAAAAUGAAAGAGUUGAGUCGUAUUUAUUUAGUACCUUUUGAGCGGAAACUUUUGUCGGCCCAAAUGUGUGUGUAGCAUCCCUGAUCCUAAAGCGAUUGUCAUUUAAUAAGUAUACUAUGACGCCGAGAGUACAGCGCUGAGAAUACUUAUUAAAAACGAAAUUCUGAUAGGCUUUUAGAGCUAAAACAUAGCUAAACACAACCUCGUGAUACUUUUUCAUGUGCAAACUCUUCUUUUUUCUUUGUUCUUUCUUUUAUUUAGGCCAAGUAGUUAAUCCCAUUUGCGGAAAAUCUGCAAUAAGUCACGUCAAAAAAAUAAAAUGUGUGUGAACACGGUUAAAGCGGGAAUUUAUAUGCCAAUCUCAACUGCCUAUACUGAAAAACUGGUGCUACGUUUUUUAAACUUUAAAUUAAAACGAUAUUUCGAAUCGACAAAAGACAUAUUCAUACAUAAUGCUUAAGUUCUAAAGUGUAUUCCACUUUUUAAGUUAUUUUGUGUGUAAGUUACGUCGCAACGAUAUUAAUAGAAUUAUAUGGAAACUGAAUACGAAAUCUCAAUUUUAGGCUGCAGGCAGCUAGGAUACUAAUACUAAAUUAAUUAAAAAUAAAUAAUUAUUAAAAUCCGUCUCGAAGACAAUAAUAUACUGUAGCAAAUAAAUGUUAUGUGAUAAAUGUAAAUACUAGAUAAGGUACAACUUUAAAUGAUAUUACUAAUGUUUUUUUUUUAAUGUUCGUAUGAUGUUAGUUAUUAGAGUUAGGCUUCCGUUUUCUGUUUUAAAGUGUAACGAAUCUCUUCAUGGAUAAAUGCAAGGUUAUCGCAUGAAGUAGCCUUAGAUUACACUGUUUAGUUCUAUGAAGUAAUAAUGAGAGGCUGCUGCUAAUUGGCUUUGACAAGUUAAUAGAGAUUGUUCUUACAUUCGAUAAAGAAAGUAGUAGAUAGUUGAGCUUUUUCUUAUACAUAUUGCAGGUUCUUCUUUCACACUUCUACUUAUUAAACUUUGUUUGUUCCAUCUAUUUUCCUAAGCGCAUUCUCUAUUAACUUGUCAAGCUACUAAACUCUGAAUGAAGGUGCAAAAUCAUUAAAUUGAUAUAUUCAGUUCACCAAAGAGAAUUUCAGUAGUAUCAUAUUGAAUUUUGAAUAUUAUAUACCGUACUUCUAUGUUGUAGACGUAACUGCGUAAAUUAGAGCUAAUAUUAUGGUUCAUAAAGACUGCUUUAUGUUACAAUAAAUUACAGAAAGUGUGAAAAGUUAAGAUUGUUAGCAGCCGAAUUGCUGCGGCUAAUAAGUGUAAGAUAGUAUAUAGGUGAGCGCAAAUCUACCGAAUGUCUUUACGGCUAAUGAUUCUCUACGUUAGUCCAUUUAAUUUUCUUCACAAAGUCGCUUCGCUGUUCGGUAAGUUUGCGCAGACCCUUGACGGAUAUUAAAAAUAUGUCUAUUUUGAGUUACUUUUAUUUAUCACCGCAUGUCAAGUUGUUAUACCCUAUAAAAGUUACAUGAUUAGAGUGAGAUAUCUCUCAUCUCUUUCGUACUAAGCUAUAUUCUGUGAGUGCGAAAAAUGUCUCGUCUCUUCCGCGCUAGGCGUUGCACUAUACUAUCCUGUUGUCAUGCUAAUCAUGUUACGCUUUACAGUGUAUAACAGAACGUAAGUUAUGUUGUCGACUGUACUGAGUAAUUAUUUUGUUAACAAUUAUUACCUAAUUAUGUCUUCCAUUGAUAUGAUAAGCGUACGUGUGGUAGGACCAAUUCCAUUGUGCUGUUUAAGAAUCGAUCAGUAUUCUUACGAGUUUGAAGUGUAUUAAAUAAUGUACUGCUGGGUCAAAAAGGCCACAUUUAAGCAAUUCAUACACAAAAGCAAUAUUGCUAUUUGAAUUUUUAUCACUGCGCACUUUUAAGAGAAUCGCUUCAAUGUGACCCUUUUAAACACCCAGAUAUAUUUUUGUGAUCUGUUUUACACAAAAUCCCGUUGUGAAUAAAUAUUUUAAUUUUUAA